GAGCCAUAUCAUGGCGGAGCGCAAUGUGCUUCUGAAGAACGUGCAGCACCCCUUCCUCGUGGGCCUGCGUUACUCCUUCCAGACGCCCGAGAAGCUCUACUUCGUGCUCGACUAUGUCAACGGGGGAGAGCGGGAGCGCAGGUUCCUGGAGCCCCGGGCCCGGUUCUACGCCGCCGAAGUGGCCAGCGCCAUUGGCUACCUGCACUCCCUCAACAUCAUCUACAGGGACCUGAAACCAGAGAACAUACUCUUGGACUGCCAGGGACACGUGGUACUGACGGAUUUUGGCCUUUGCAAGGAAGGUGUAGAGCCAGAGGAGACCACGUCCACAUUUUGUGGCACCCCUGAGGUGAGCUAAACCUACUAGCAGAGGGCAAGCCAUGAGUGCUUAAGGCCUCAGAUCCUAGAGCCAGCAGGUUACACCUGAGGGGGCUCACUGCUUCCACCCAAGCACGUCCCCUGAGCUGCCUGUGCUCUCAGCCUUGGUUUCCUCAUCUGUAUAAUGGGGGCACCAGCUCAAGGGGCUGCUGGGAUCCCCGCCAGCUACUGGUGACUCUGCCACAGUGAUGUCCAGUAGGAACAGA